AUGACUGGACUGCUGUCAACCAACUGGACCGUUCCAGAAUCAACCUCCGACUUGUCAGCCGCUGCGCGCGCGACACCGGCCGCUUACUACAUCGUCGAAGGCAUCCUAGCUCUUUGCGGGUUCCUCGGUAAUUCCUUGGUCAUCCUCCUCUUUGCGUUGGAACCUAAGCUCCGCCUCACCGUAUCCAACAUUCACCUUGUCUCACUAGCCCUGAGCGAUUUGUUAAUGGGGACUGUCGCUAUACCCAUCCUCCUGGUUGCGUUACAGGGCCAUCCCCGUCAAUUCCCAUUCUGCCUGAUGCUUCUAUCGGUUGUCGUCCUAAUCGACACGGCGUCCGUUUUCGCCCUGUGUGCGAUGACGUUGGAUCGGUACUACUCCAUAACGCGGCCGUUGCAGUACAGCGUUAGGGUCACCAAGACGAGAGCUACGCUUGCGGCCUUGCUCGCUUGGUUGGUCGCCUGUUUGCUGGUUCUCCCAAUGCCGCUAGGGUGGCACCAUCAACCAUCUCAACCGCAAUGCUCCUUCGUGGAAGUCGUUAGCAUGCAGUAUAUGACGUAUGUGUUCUUCUCGUGCAUUCUGGUACCGUUUCUUCUGAUGUGUGGUGUGUACAUCCGACUGUAUGGCAUCAUACAAAAACAGCUCAAGCAAAUCCAAGCCCUUCAUGAAACCGGCCAACGUCUCCACGAACAAGAUCCAUCAAUAAGAGGAGAGACUUUGCAAACAGCUGUGAGCAGAAUUACAAGAAGGGUGAACCCACAAGACGUAGCCAGCAUCUCCAAUCUCGACAACUUCCACCGCAUCAAGCGAGAGGUCAAGACAGCGACGUUCUUCGCCUUCCUCAUGCUGUUUUUCUUCGUAUCGUGGAUGCCCAUAUCCAUCGUCGACGCUCUUCUGUAUUUCGGCGUGAGCGUCAGCCAGGCAGUCAUGAACACGUGCGUGGUGUUGUCGCACACGAACAGCGCGUUCAAUCCACUACUUUACGCACUCAAGGCCGAUUUCAGGGCGGCGUUUCGACAGCGGGUAUUUCUUGCGUGUCGCAGUCGCCACGGCGUGAAUGCUGUCGGUCCAACACGAGAAACUGUGCACAAUUUAUAG